AUGGUGAAACUGGGGAAACUCUUCUCGGAGGAUCAAUCUAAACUGAUUGAAAAGGACGAUGAGAGCGAAGAAGAGGAGGAGGAUGAGGAAGAUGAAACUCCGUUAGGCGCAGAUGUGUCCUUGGGCAUCAACAGCUUCGAAGUCUGUACCUUGUGUAAUGGCCGUGGUGAACUCAUCUCCAACAUACGAUGUGCUGCUCACACUCUCCAGUUAGCUGUUGAGGAUGCUCUCAAUAAAUUGAAGGGCUCGAGGAACACACUUGUGAAAGCUCGGACGGUUGCAAAAGCUUUGCGAACCCCAACCGUGAGAAAACAAUUGCGGUACAUGCAGCCGGGAGCAAAAAAGCCGAAGUUAGAUGUCGUGACACGUUGGCACUCGACAGCGGACAUGUUGGAAUCAUUGCUGGAAGUGAAAGAUUUCUGCAGGAAGUCUUCGAAGACAUUCACAGCUCUAGAAUUAUCCGAGAAGCAGUGGCAGUACAUCGAGGAUUAUCUGAAGUCGCUGAUGCCUGCUAAGUUUGCGACCAAACGCCUCCAAGACGAGCAGUUGACUCUUGGAUCAUUUUUCGGCAUCUGGCUGGAAUGCAAAUGUGAGACACAGAUGGUAAAUACGUCUCUGGCAACUGAGCUCGUGACAGCAAUGGAGAAGAGGGAAGAAAAACUUCUGGAGAACGAAGCACUCCUAGCCUCU